AUGCCAUUUACUGUCGCAGGAAAGACUGCCAUCGUCACUGGUGCCGGUUCAGGUAUCAACCUCGCCUUUGCGGAGCUACUCUUGGCUCACAACUGCAACGUUGUGUUUGCCGACUUAUCUCUGCGCCCUGAAGCCAGAGAUGUGGUAUCGAGCUUCUCCUCUGAAAAUACCAACUCGCCUCGGGCCGUUUUUGUUGAGACCGAUGUGACGUCGUGGCCGGCGUUGGAGAACAUGUUUGACGUGGCUUAUGCUGAGUUUGGUGAUGUCCAUGUGGUUUGCCCUGGGGCUGGUGUAUAUGAGCCUCACUGGUCCAACUUCUGGUUGCCACCGGGAUCGAAGCAAAGCCGAGACAAGGUCGACGCGGGUCACUAUGCCCUUCUAGACAUCAACCUGGCGCAUCCCAUCCGCACAACACAACUGGCUAUUUCCAAGUGGCUAUAUCCGGACGAGAAUGCGAGUUCCCCAUUCCCGACUCCGGCCAAGGCGACACCCGAGAACCCCAAGCGCAUCGUUCACAUCUCUUCCGUGGCUGCCCAGAUUCCCGUGUUCCGCGCUCCCCUCUACGGGGCCUCCAAGUCUGCCAUUACGGGUUUUGUGAGGGCUAUUGCCCCACUAGAUGCUGAGGGUAUCCGGGUGAAUGCUGUGGCUCCCGGAGUCGUCAAGACACCGCUUUGGAGCGAGAACCCCGAGAAGCUUGCGAAUGUUGAUCAAUCGCGCGACGCCUGGGUUAGCCCCCUCGAGGUUGCACAGGCCAUGCUUGAUUGCGUACAGAAGGAUGAGCGCACCGCCGGAAUGAUAGUUGAGGUAGGCGCUAAAAACACGAGAGUGGUCACGACGUACAAUGACGCUGGCCCCGACUUCAGCCCCGAAGCUGGCAUUGUCACGAGCAACUCCGAGGUUGGAGACAAAGAAGCCUGGGGCUUUCUACACGACAAAACUGUUUGGUCCGGACGAGCCGAUAAAUAG